AUGAUCUUGACAGUUUUUUAUAUGAUAGCAACUUCAAUUCAGUCAAGAAGAAUUUUAUUUUUAAAAACUCAUUUACGUAGUUUAUUUCAAGGAAAUGCAACCUCUUAUCCAUCCAUAAUGUUUUAUAACAAAACACUAGGUUCAUAUGAAGAAUCAAAAUCUGCCGUGAAUGAUUGUGAAAAUGAUGAAUUUAUGACUUCAUGUCUAUGUGUGAAUAAAAGUGAUGCUAGACUAGAAGAAUUAUUAUGGUAUUAUGGUGAUAUGAGAUUAUGCACUAUAUUUCCUCAACAAAAAGUUGAUAUCUCAAGUUGGUUAACAUACCACUAUGGAAAAACAUUUUUCCCUUUACAUACAAAUAACUGUAUUGGAACUUUACUACAAUCAGAGUACAAACUUUAUAUUCUCGUUGAAGUUGAUCUUGAAAGCUAUAAUCCUCUUGCUGUAACACAUGCUACAAAGGUCGAGGAUUACGGUUUAAUUAUUACGUGGACGGCAAAUAGAAAUAUCAAUUUAAUUAUAGAAUCUGAUUUAGACUUGGUCACAAAACUUUUUAUUGCAGCAAUGAAAGGGAAUUGUUACGUUAAUAAUGGCUUGUUACUGAAACGAAUAGAAACUGUCCUGGUAACAGGAAAGCCUUGUUUUUAUAAUAAUGAUGCGUUGAAUGCUACUCCCACUAAAAACAAAAUAGAAUGGGAAACGCACAGAGAAAAAUUAAAGUCCCUAAGCAACACUGCCAAAAUUGCAUCCGAGGAAUGCAAGUCGCUUGAAGUUAAGGACCUUCCAGGAUUAAUAGUGUAUCCAGAAAAUGCUGUAACGGGCGCAGACAUCGAAGUUAUGCAACGUGUGGUGUCAGACGAAACGAUAGGAAGCGAAAGUAGAAGUCAAGUUUCUACCCCAGUGUCAGUAAACAUUCUUCAACAUGAAACUCAGUCACUACAAGAUGAACUCUCAGAGGUUACAGACGAUACCACUGAAAUUCAAGGUGUUCCGCAUUCUGUUAGUAAAUCACUCGAUGCUUUCGACAAUUUAGAAGAUAAAACGAUCUUUUGUGAUGACAGAAGUUUGAAAGCAGAAUCAUCUAAAACAAGUUCGACAAAUUACAUGGCAGAAAUAGCUGCGAAAUUAUCACAUGAAGGAGUAAAACCACCAAAUGUUAUAAUAUAUGCUGAUAGUCUUAUUGCACGCAACAAUGUGAAAAGUGUAUUAGAAGAAUCUCUUGGCACAGAUAAGUAUGGUUCUCAGUCAGUGGUUAGUGCCAGAGCCACAUGUCUUGGACACAUGCUCAAAAAAUUUCACAGUGAUUAUAACUUUGGUUCUUUUGUUAUGCUGCCCACUAUGGCAAACAACGACAUUCUAAGAAAAUUAAAGUUAAAUAUUUGGUGGAUAAAAAUGUUUGCUUACCAGUCAGAGUCAAUCCUAGGUCCAUAA